GUGCAGAUCUGUGGUGGAGAAGGUAUCUCAUUCCUCUCUAACAUCAUCUCCACUUUGCAUCUGUCUCUCUUCGUCUGCUUUUUUUCCACCGAGGUAACAGACCUGGAGCCAGCAAGACUCAGAGGAAAGGACUUAAUCAGGUUUAUGUGUCCUCAAGGUUAUGAAGACAGCAUGGAGUUCCCAGACCACAGUCGACAUUUGCUGCAGUGUCUGAGCGAGCAGAGACACCAGGGCUUUCUUUGUGACUGCACCGUCCUGGUGGGAGAUGCCCAGUUCCGCGCACACCGCGCUGUCCUGGCUUCGUGCAGCAUGUAUUUCCACCUCUUUUACAAAGACCAGCUGGACAAAAGGGACAUUGUUCAUCUGAACAGCGACAUUGUUACAGCCCCAGCCUUCGCUCUCCUGCUUGAAUUCAUGUAUGAAGGGAAACUCCAGUUCAAAGACUUGCCCAUUGAAGACGUGCUCGCAGCUGCCAGUUACCUCCACAUGUACGACAUCGUCAAAGUCUGCAAAAAGAAGCUGAAAGAGAAAGCCACCACGGAGGCGGACAGCACAAAGAAGGAAGAAGACGCCUCAAGUUGCUCAGACAAAGUCGAGAGCCUCUCCGACGGCAGCAGCCACAUGGCAGGCGACCUGCCCAGCGAUGAGGAUGAAGGCGAGGAGGAGAAACUGACCAUCCUGCCCAGCAAAAGGGAGCUGGCGGGCGAGCCCGGCAACGUGUGGAUGCGGCUGCCCUCAGACCCUGCAGGCCUGCCCCCCGCGCCGGGGGACCCCGAGCCACACGCCACAGCAGCUGGGAAAACAGUCGCCAGCCCCUGCAGCUCCUCAGAGUCUUUGUCCCAGAGGUCUGUCACCUCCGUGAGGGAUUCGGCAGAUGUUGACUGUGUGCUGGACCUGUCUGUCAAGUCCAGCCUUUCAGGAGUUGAGAAUCUGAACAGCUCUUAUUUCUCUUCACAGGACGUGCUGAGAAGCAACCUGGUGCAGGUGAAGGUGGAGAAAGAGGCCUCCUGUGAUGAGAGUGAUGUUGGCACUAAUGACUAUGACAUGGAACAUAGCACUGUGAAAGAAAGUGUGAGCACUAAUCACAGGGUACAGUAUGAGCCGGCCCAUCUGGCUCCGAUGAGGGAGGACUCGGUCCUGAGGGAGCUGGACCGGGAGGACAAAGCGAGCGACGACGAGAUGAUGACCCCGGAGAGUGAGCGCGUCCAGGUGGAAGGGAGCAUGGACGGCAGCCUGCUGCCCUACGUCUCCAACAUCCUGAGCCCCGCCGGCCAGAUCUUCAUGUGCCCGCUGUGCAACAAGGUCUUCCCCAGCCCGCACAUCCUGCAGAUCCACCUGAGCACGCACUUCCGCGAGCAGGAUGGCAUCCGCAGCAAACCAGCCGCUGACGUCAAUGUGCCCACCUGCUCCUUGUGCGGUAAGACUUUCUCCUGCAUGUACACCCUGAAGCGCCACGAGAGGACUCACUCGGGGGAGAAGCCCUACACCUGCACGCAGUGCGGCAAGAGCUUCCAGUACUCGCACAACCUGAGCCGCCACGCCGUGGUGCACACACGCGAGAAGCCGCACGCGUGCAAGUGGUGCGAGCGCAGGUUCACACAGUCCGGGGACCUGUACAGACACAUCCGCAAGUUCCACUGUGAGCUGGUGAACUCCUUGUCGGUUAAGAGUGAAGCCCUCAGCUUGCCUGCUGUCAGAGACUGGACCUUAGAGGAUAGCUCUCAAGAACUCUGGAAAUAAUUUUAUAUCGAUGCUAAUAUAAAUAAUAUAUAUACACACACACAUAUAUAAAUAGAUCUCUAUCUAG